GGGGGGGAUAAGCUCGGAGUUGACAAAAGCGAUCUGUAUCGAAACAUUUUGGACGCAGUUUUUUUUGAAAUUCCGGAGUUGAGUGUGGACGGACCACACUGGGGAGGAUUAUAUUAUCUGAUUUGUGGAUCGGUCCGCCGUGCUGCCUUGUGCUGAGGACUUGGUCUCUGCGUUGACUUGACCACCACCGCACGGCACAGAGGAAAGUGGGACUUUAUUGUUCAAGGCUAGCUAGCUAGCUUUGCCAGGCGGCUUGUUUUUUGUGUGUCUGCCGUGGACCGCAGGCUAUAUGGCUACGAAUUACGAGCCAAUAUAUGGACUUUCAGAAGAUGAGCAUGAAACCAGAGUGCUGCGGGUUAAGGUCAUUGCAGGAAUUGAUCUGGCAAAGAAAGACAUCAUUGGAGCCAGCGAUCCUUACGUGAAACUUUCCCUCUACGUUGCCGAUGAAAACCGAGAGCUUGCCUUAGUCCAGACAAAAACCAUUAAAAAGACCCUAAAUCCCAAAUGGAAUGAGGAAUUCUUCUUCAGAGUGUGUCCGCAGAAUCACAGGCUACUCUUUGAGGUGUUUGAUGAAAACAGAUUGGCUGUAUCCAAGAAUGGGCUUUUCCAUCUCGGACAGACCAGAGAUGAUUUCCUGGGACAGGUUGAUGUUCCUCUCAGUCAUUUGCCGACAGAGGACCCUGCCAUGGAGCGUCCCUACACAUUUAAAGACUUCCUCUUGCGGCCCAGGAGUCACAAGUCCAGGGUGAAGGGUUACCUGCGUCUGAAGAUGGCCUAUCUGCCCCAAACAAGGAGGACAUGAAGAGGAGAGCAGGAGAGAUGAGGGGAGGAGGCUGAGGGUUGGGAUGAAUCUGCAGACUCGGGCUCUCAGCGACCACAGCAGAUGCUGCCACCGUUACCUCCAGGUUGGGAAGAGAAGGUGGACAACUUGGGACGCACCUACUAUGUCAACCACAACAACCGCACAACACAAUGGAAGCGUCCCUCCAACAUGGAUGUGAUUUCCGAAACUGAGAGCGACAAUCAACAGCGGCAGAUCCAUCAGGAAGCCCACCGUGUCUUCCGCUCAAGACGCCACAUCAGUGAAGAUCUAGAGAACGAGCACUUGGAACCCAGGGACAUGGACAAUUCCUGGGAGCUCAUCACAGAAGAGGACCCUAAUGACAGCUUGGCCCAGUCUCUGCCCGGCCCCUCCUCCGUCAUGACACCACAGCACCCGCCAACACCCGUCACCCAGGAGUUCUCUGAGGAUCUGAACCUGAGGCUGUCUCUCACACCUGAUGCCAAUGGAGAAGUGCCAGGACCUAGCUCUGCUCUGAGCCAGUUGUCAAACAGACUGCGUUCCUCUAGUAUGACGGAUGGUGUCAGUGACCAGGCCCAGGCACCUCCUCUUAUGCAGAGUUCCCAGACCAGAAGAACGAGAGCUCAAACAGUCACAGGUGGUGAGGAGCCUAUGUCUCCCACCGCGUACUCCUUGACCACCCCUGGCCUGCCCCCUGGAUGGGAGGAGAGGAAGGACGGCAAAGGAAGAACUUAUUACGUCAACCAUAACAACCGCACCACUACCUGGACUAGGCCAAUUGUGCAGCUGACUGAAGAUGGAGCCAGCACCUCGGCAGCAGCUUCAGGAGGAGCCUCGGCCUUGGCAUCCAUAUCCACCCCCUCCUCCUCUUCCAAUGCCUCCAACAACCACCUCCAUGAGCCCCAAGUCCGACGACCUCGUAGCCUCAGCUCCCCCACUGUCACCCUUUCCACCCCCUUGGAGGGAGCCAACAACAUCCAGGUGCGGCGGGCCGUGAAGGACACGUUCUCCAACCCACAGUCUCCCCAGCCGUCCCCCUACAGCUCACCGAAAUCACAGCAUAAGGCUCAGCAGAGCUUCCUGCCCCCAGGCUGGGAAAUGAGGAUAGCCCCCAACGGACGACCUUUCUUCAUUGACCACAACAGCAGAACCACCACCUGGGAGGAUCCCAGGUUAAAAUAUCCGGUCCAUAUGAGGAACAAAAAUUCAAUGGAGCCUGGUGACCUUGGCCCACUUCCCAACCUACCAGAGGAGCCUGGAUGGGAAGAAAGAGUUCACACAGAUGGACGUACCUUCUACAUUGACCACAAUACAAAGAACACUCAGUGGGAGGACCCUCGCCUGCAGAGUCCAGCCAUCACAGGACCUGCUGUUCCCUACUCCAGAGAGUUCAAGCAGAAAUACGACUUCAGGAAGAAAUUAAAGAAACCGGCCGACAUCCCCAACCGCUUUGAGAUGAAGCUCCACAGAAACAACAUAUUUGAGGAAUCGUACCGUCGGAUCAUGUCCCUGAAAAGGCCGGAUGUUCUGAAAGCACGGCUGUGGAUUGAGUUUGAGUCAGAGAAAGGACUGGACUACGGCGGAGUGGCCAGGGAAUGGUUCUUCCUCUUAUCAAAGGAGAUGUACCCUUACUACGGCCUGUUCGAAUACUCUGCCACGGACAAUUACACUCUACAAAUCAAUCCUAACUCUGGCCUGUGCAAUGAGGAUCAUCUGUCUUAUUUCAAGUUCAUUGGACGUGUGGCAGGAAUGGCUGUGUUUCAUGGAAAACUACUGGAUGGUUUUUUCAUUCGGCCGUUUUACAAGAUGAUGCUGGGAAAACAGAUUUCUCUUAAAGACAUGGAGUCUGUGGACAGUGAAUACUACAACUCCCUGAUGGAUUCUAGAAAAUGAUCCACUGAGCUGGACCUGAGGUUCUGUAUCGAUGAGGACAACUUUGGACAGACGUACCAGGUGGAUCUGAAGCCCAGUGGCUCAGACAUGGUGGUGACGAACGAGAACAAGAAGGAAUACAUCGACCUGGUCAUCCAGUGGAGGUUUGUCAAUCGGGUGCAGAAACAGAUGAACGCUUUCCUGGAGGGUUUCACUGAGCUUAUUCUCAUAGAUCUGAUCAAGAUCUUUGAUGAAAAUGAGCUGGAGCUACUCAUGUGCGGUCUGGGUGACGUUGAUGUCAACGACUGGAGGCAACACACUGUUUACAAGAACGGCUACUGUCCCAACCACCCUGUUAUCCAGUGGUUCUGGAAGGUUGUCCUGUUGAUGGAUGCUGAGAAGAGGAUCAGACUCCUCCAGUUUGUUACAGGAACAUCACGAGUGCCCAUGAAUGGCUUUGCCGAGCUUUACGGUUCUAACGGCCCUCAGCUGUUCACAAUCGAGCAGUGGGGAACACCAGACAAACUGCCAAGAGCUCACACAUGUUUCAACGCCUGGAUCUGCCAACCUACGAAUCCUUCGAAGACCUGAGAGAGAAGCUCCUAAUGGCCGUAGAGAACGCGCAGGGCUUCGAGGGCGUCGACUAAAGAGACGAUAAAAACAACAGAAAACAGCAGCCACAGACUGCGACUAAACAACCAACGAUAACAAAAAAAAAAAAAAAACACCACAAAACAAACGCCACAGGGAUGUCCAACAACAACACAGCUGCCGCCGUAGCAGCUCUGUGCGAGCAUGUUUACUGUAACGCCUGACUGAGCGCCGCCGACACGAGCACGGCGGUUCCACCGACUGUACAGCGACUUGUCGAGCCGAUUCGCCGACGUCUUUCUAUCUUUUCAGCGUGGGUAGGCGACUCCUUAAAGGUGCUGGGGCUGGUGGAAGAAAGGGAGAGUCAGUCGAACGCCGAGUCCGAUCCACCCACAAGGCAUGAGCGAUAAAUGACGAGCUGCCCCCCCCCCCCCCCCCCCCCCUUCCCCCACCCCUGUACGACUUUUCUGUCCCCUUUUCCCCCCCUGUCGUCCUGUGAAAAUCUACAGUGCUGGAAAACACCAAUGCAUUUCAAUAGCUCCUUUACACUAUAGCACAGUAUUCCAGUGCCCUUCAGUGAGAGGGUCUUAGCAUGGCCUUAAUCUGGCUCCUACAUGCACUAUUUCUGCAAUGGCACUAAUGAUCACAACACUCCUAAAAUCCUUAGACCAACACCAGAUUACCUUAGGAAUGCUAGCCAAUCACCUUUCAGGAAAUCGGCCACGCCCCUCCAUAGAGCCUUGUCUACGUCAGAUGUGUGAUCAGAUAUCGCCGCUGCAGCCUUUUGUAGAAUAACACCUUUGUUUAACCACUCGGAGGGAGUCAAGAAAGGGGGAUGAAAAAAA